AUGUCCAACUACCACGACUGGCGAGGUUUCGUCUCUGGCUUAGUUGGGUCAAGAUCAUGGGCUUACCAUCCUGUCAACCAGACCGAAGCCGGUGAGAUCUCGCAGAAGUCCAGCUCCAGAUGGAGAUUCGCGAAGAUCGCUGGCGGGAUCGCGCUCCUUUGGAUUAUUGUGCUGGCAAUUGCGACACCGUACAAGGAAGAAAUAUUGGAUCUUGUCUUCUUCAACACAACGAAGCCUUCGUAUUUCCAUGUUCUUCUACCUGCCAAUGAAGGCAAUUCGGACCUUUGUAAGACGCUCUUUUCAGCCGCCGCGCUCGACUACCCGACACCUCGCAUGAUCAAUUGGGGCGAAGACUACAAAGACCUCGAUGUCGCCUAUGGCGGUGCUCAUAUUGCCAAGAUCGAGGGUAUCCUUGGUUUCUUGCGCCAACUCGGUCCUCAAUCCGACAAUGAAAUGGUGCUUGUGGCAGAUGGCUAUGAGACCAUCUUCCAGCUACGACCUUCGGUCAUGCUAGACCGCUACCAUGCUAUCAACGAUCGAGCUAAUCGCCGGAUUGCGUCACGCAUGGGCUACAAAGCUAUGAAUGCCUCCGAGGUUCCCAUCCACCAAAGCAUCGUGUUCGCCGCGCAGAAGAGGUGCUUUCCAGCCACCGAAGAUGAUCCAGAGUGCUACGCUGUUCCCGAGUCUGACCUACCAACUGACGUCUAUGGACCUCUGACUGACCGACUUUCCGGCGAUGAGGAGACCGCAUUCAGCAAAUAUCGCCAACGAUUCCUCAACUCAGGCACCAUAAUGGGUCCAGUCGGUGACAUGAAGCGCGUUUUCGAAGCCGCUCUCGUCAAGGCGAAGGAGAUGCCAGUCGACACAGGCUCUGAGCAAGCGGCGUUCGCUUCUCUCUUCGGCGCGCAAGAGUAUCAGCGUGAAGUAAUUCGUGAAAGGCAUCUCAAUGGCUGGAAGAAGUUCAGCAAGCGUGAUACACGCGACUCAAUCCUUGCAGAACAUCCUUCGCGCAAAAGGCCUGAGCUUACAGACAAUACUGCCGCACACGAAUACGGCAUCGGCCUAGACUAUCGUGGCGAGCUGUCUCUGCCCACUGUCUUCGCCGAGGCCGACGCCAUCUUCCUCACCUACGCCUCCGCAUCCUCGAUCCGGGAAGCCGCCCAGAAGGCUGGCGUACCCGCGCCUGACCCGCCGCGCGUCUUGCACCUAGAUGAAGAUAUCAAACGCUCGACCCCGCCGUUCUGGACGGCUGACUACACUGGCAAAACGUUCGUCCCGGAAGACAAAGAGUGGUCGGAUGUGCCGCUGUUCACGAACAUCUGGACCGGCAUCUCACCUGCCACGAUCGUGCAUCCGACUUCGCAUAGUCAUCUACCCAAGGGUCAGAAGCCGCAAAAGUCUCAGAUCAGAAUGAAUUGGCGCGACCUCUACUUCUUCCCCUAUCUUCGCCAAAUCCUGGAGACGAAAGCGAAGGCAUACCGCAUGCCCACUGCAUACAGUCGAGGUCAGGAGUGGUGGGGUCCAAUCGAUGAGCGAGGAGGCUUUCGCAUUGAGAUGGGUCAGAUGCCUGGCCAUUGGCUCGACUGGGACUCUGAUCGGGUCUGCGGGACACGAGAGAUCAGUGAGGAGGUGUUGGGAGAUCGAAGGGGUAAUUGGGUUAAUCCAGUCUGGUACUUGCCCUGGGGCGGAGAGAAUGAAGGCUUGGAAAGGUGGGUCAAGCAAGAGCAGGGAAAGGAUGAGCCGCAGGAGUAG